AUGAGAAUAAUAAAGUUAACCUCAGUUGCAUUGGCGGUAAUUGUGAGUAUCAUGUGCUCGGACCGGUCGCGGCUGAACGCGGACGCGGCGGGCGCCGAGGGCGGCGCGCAGGCGCAGGGCUCGCCGUCGCCGUCGCCGUCGCCGCAGGCGUCGCCGUCGCAGCCGCCGCCGCCGCUCGCGCGCCACCUCUCCAAGUCGGCGUCGGACUUGAGCACGCGGCGCUGCUGCGAUGAACACGAUCAAGCGGGCGAGCGGCGCCCUGCUCCGACGUCGGCACCGGGGCCGUCGACGUCGCUCGCCGUCGCCGCCGCCGCCGCCUCCUCCGCCGCCGCCGCCUCCGCCGUCGCAGCCAAGACCUCCGCCCACAGCUUCUUCAGCACGCUCAAGGUCAGCCCUCUUCGCCACCGCCUUGCUGUGUAA